AUGUCUCCCUCCAAGGGCGUUCUCCGCGCCAACCUCCUCAAAUCUAUUCAGGAAGAUCAUCGCCGGGAGCUCAAGUCUCGUGCAGGGCCCGUCGACAAUGAUCUUGUGGCCUAUCGGCGCCGUCGCUGUCGACACCUUGGCCAUUACCUACGAAAGGAUAUACAAUGCUUUACCGACACGCCUGACGAUGGUCGCUGGUUUGUCGAGUGUCUUCUCCCUCAUCCAGGCGACGUCACUGGCGAUGGUGGCGUGCACAUCUACGUUUCCCGACGCCUCGACCCAGAGGUGUUACAGGAACUGCGUGAUCAUGUGUUUGCGCGUCGUCUACAAGCCCAACAGCUGUUGCCUACCGAAUCCCGGUCCGAACCUAGCGUCCGGUCACAGAGUCCUGGUCGAGAUACCCUUGUGCAUAGAUCUGGACGAGCGCCGCGCAUGCUGGGUUCACCAAGACGGCCUUACCCAACAAGCGCUAGCCCCUCGCCCCGCACUUUCUGCAGUGUACUCGUUGCGCCGAGCGGGCACUCCUCACCCGACGUGCCCAGGCGCUCUUCCCCAAAGACUGCAUAUAUCGAGAUCAGCGAUUCGGAAUCAGACACGACCUCUCGACAUGUUUUGGGGAGAAGGUCCAGAAGCCCCAGUCUGGAAAUCCUGACCGCACCGUCGUUAUACGCACCAUCAUUCACCGUCUGGCUGUUCAUGGAGCAAGAUGCCCCCCCGCAGGCCAUCGAUCUUAAGAUACUCUCUGGCGCCGAGGAGAUACUCCUCCGGGAUUACGAUCAGCAGUGGGAGAAGGUGGGGCUGAAGGUCUCUGAACGAGUUAAGAUCCUCGCGGCGUACAGCCAGAAGGAGCCUCUAUGGCAGUUUGGCCGUCUCUGCGACAUACGUAUUCCUGUCAGGGCGCGCGCCAUCGUACUUGCGCACGUCAACAUAGACCACUAUCACGCGCUCUUGCGGACGCUCUUCCGACACGCUUUCACCGGAGGGUUCUCGCACGGGAUGGCAUAG